AUGAGGUGUGUGUGGCCUGGACUCCUCAACCACAGCACCAAGCCCAACACCAGUACCAAGCACAGCACCAAGCCCAGCACCAAGCCCAGCACCAGCAGCAAGCCCAGCACCAAGCCCAAAACCAGCACCAAGCCCAGCACCAGCAGCAAGCCCAGCACCAAGCCCAAAACCAGCACCAAGCCCAAAACCAGCACCAAGCCCAGCACCAAGCCCAAAACCAGCACCAAGCCCAAAACCAGCACCAAGCCCAGCACCAGCACCAAGCCCAACACCAGCACCAAGCCCAACACCAGUACCAACCACAGCACCAAGCCCAGCACCAGCACCAAGCCCAACACCAGCACCAAGCCCAACACCAAGCCCAGCACCAUGCCCAGCACCAAGCCCAGCACCAAGCCCAGCACCAAGCCCAGCACCAGCACCAAGCCCAGCACCAAGCCCAAAACCAGCACCAGCACCAAGCCCAAAACCAGCACCAAGCCCAGCACCAGCACCAAGCCCAACACCAGCACCAAGCCCAACACCAGUACCAACCACAGCACCAAGCCCAGCACCAGCACCAAGCCCAACACCAGCACCAAGCCCAACACCAAGCCCAGCACCAAGCCCAACACCAAGCCCAGCACCAAGCCCAGCACCAAGCCCAACCCCAGCACCAAGCCCAGCACCAGCACCAAUCCCAGCACCAAGUCCAACACCAAGCCCAGCACCAAGCCCAGCACCAAGCCCAGCACCAGUACCAGUCCCAUCCUCAGUCCCAUCUUCAGUCCCAGCCCAACCAGGAACCAGACCUCCAGCUGA